AUGAGACUAUUUAGAUUUAGAAAACCAGGGGCUUGGGGACCUGGAAAUAACAGCUGGUGCCAAAAAGAAGAGUUCAUGAAAAGUGGUCUCAGAAAGAAGAAGGAGGCUGGGAAAGAAGAUGGUAGAGAUCCUGGCUGGAAGAAAGAUCCUGGAAAAUUACAGCAUAGUUCAGAACUGGAAGGGACCUCUGGAGGUCUCCAGUCCAACCCUCACCUUGCUUCAUGCUCAAAGCAGGGUCAACAGCAGCAGGUUGCUCAGGUUCAUGUUCAGCUGGUUUUUGAAUAUCUCCAAGGAUGGAGAGCCCACAGCGCCUCUGAGCAACCUGUUCCAAGGCCGUUAAUGAAGAGGUUAAACAGUACUGGACCCGGUAUCAACGCCUGGGGGGACACCAGCACUGACGGGCCUCCAGCUGGACUUUCUGCCACUGGUCACAACCUUCCGAGGCCAGCAGUUCAGCCAGUUGGCAGGCCACCUCACUCUCCAUUUCUCUGGGGUGGUGGGGACACAGGUGCAAGACUAAAGCCAGACGAUUUGUAUGAUAUUACUUUGGUUCUCCAUAAAAAACUGGAAAACAGUGGCAACUCAGGUUGCCAGGAUUUCUCAAGUACUUCCACAAUGCUGCUCCGCUCAGGCCGCAAAAAGCCUUACAAAGUACCUGUCAGCAGAAGACGAUAUGUUGAAAAGAAAUCUCAACCGAGGGCUAGUAAAACAGUUUCAGAAAAGUCAGCGUUUAGUCUACGAGAAACACUAAAAUGUUACAUACUGACAGAAGACUCAAAAACUGUGCAUUUUGACUUAGAUGAAAAUGGUCAUCAUGAAAUAUCUACCAAGGAUUCGCAGUCCCAUGAAGAUAUCGCAUGGUUAAGCGUGUUCACAAGCAAUGAACCAACAAUUUGUGGUGCUAAAAAUUUGGUGAUCCUCAUGCAGAGAUCAAAGCUUAAUGAAUUUGUCCUAUUGUGCAAGGGUGAAAAGCAGCUCUGUCUAAAGGUCUUAAAAGCAUGCUGUUCAGAGCCAGAUUACCCUACACUGAAAAGAUGCAACAUGAAAACAUGCAAGCAUGAAAAUCCAGACUUUGAACAGCUGAGGGAAGACAAUCACUUUUUCAUCAUGCAUUACCAAGGAGAUUCAGUGAAGUUCCAGUGCUACAAAGACACAAGUUACUAUCUGCAUGUGAAUGAGGACUCACUAGAUAUACGCAAGCCGGAAGACACAGAACCUGAUGGGGAGAAAAAUUUUUACUUCAGGGUGUCAUAUUUGCAGGAAAAGUAAUUUGUCUACCUUUCAGUUGCCUAAGUGUCCAUACAACUCCUAUAAUAGGCUAACAGAAAAAAAGGAAGAUUGAGAUCAUGUAGAACUAAUCUCCAUUUUGCCUUUUUUAAAACUUUUCUGUACCAUCUUGAGUCACAAUAUUCCAUUUUAUGAGAGUAACAUCCUUUAGUUCUGUUCUAUACAAUAGGAAGAGAAGUGGCUAAGUUGGGAAAGCAAACUAAGCAGUCUAUUGGCAUCGUAUCUGCACUAUUAUUGUUUUAAGUAGCUGAGUUCUUCCUGAAGAGAAAAAAUACACAGGCAUAUCUCAGAAACAGAGAUACAAGAGUGUAUCACACAUAGAUAUGAAAUAUAAAGCACAGUUAGUUUUCCACAUUGUAAACAUUUUCCUCUUUUAAAACGCAUACCUUAAAUAGGAAUCCUAAUGUCAAUCAAUCACACCAAUGCACAUGGCAGUAAGGCAAUUCAUCUAGAGUAGACAAAACCUCAAAGGGUUGUGAGUCCUUAAAAAAAGUUUGUUUUUUUCCCAAUAACCAUGCAGAGUUUCACUGCUAGAUUCACAGUUGUGUUCUCCAGAUAGUGAAAAUCAUUUUGCUGAUUUCAAUACUGAGUGAACAGAAGAAAGCUUUUGACUUUUCCCUAAAUAAUACUCAUGACUUCUGGAUCUGUUAAGUGGUCAGCAACGUCAGCAGAAAAAAACAGAUACUGAGUGCAGCAUAUAUUCCAUUAGAACUAUUGUGCUGCACAAGGAAUAAAUUCAAUUGGAUCUCAGGUAAAAUUCCAUUAAUUGAUACACUAACAUAUUACAAUCAUAUAUUUAUUUCUGGUAAUGAUGUGAUCACCUGACUAAAUUACAGAACAUGCCCUCCAGGAAACAAGUUGAUAAAACCACUCCUUAAAAUUGUAUAAAAUUCAUACAAAGCGUAUUGAUGUCAGAAAAAGUCUCUGACCUCUGUGAAUUUCAAAAGUAUUCUGUAGUUAAAGCUAAAAUUGUGUUCAUAUUCGUAUGAACAUAUACGUAUGUUCAUAUUUACCAUCUACACUUCAAAUAAGGUUUUUUAACACUUUAAUUCAAGGGACAAAAGCCAGUCCGGAAAGCUACGAUGGUAAUUUUUGUAAAGUUUUAGAUAUGAGAUAUAAAAGACAAAAAUUGCAUUUGAAUUUAUUAUGUUUUCUGAAAACUUACCAGUGAGCUCUGUGUCUAUAAAGGUAUGUAGAAAAAGAUAUUAACAAUUUCUGUAUCCUGUUCUUUCCUAAACUCUUAUUUCACUUGUACAAAAAUUGUAAACUGACAUUUUCAAAUUUGCACUAAUCUGUAAUGAGUGGCAAUUAUGCUUGUAUUUUCCAAGGUGCAAAGCAUGUGAAAACCAAAGCUUUAUUGCAAAACAGGAAGCCAAGGCCACUGAGCCUUUUUGAAAAUAUAGCUUCUAACACUUUACAAUAUAGAAAUACUUAUCCAAUGUAUCUAAAAGUUGACUGGGAAAUAUAAUGAGUAUUUUGUAAUAUGUUUUUAAAACAGUACUGAUAUUCUGUAACUUUUACUUUACAGAUAUAAUUAUUAAUGUUAACACAAAUAUUUUACGUUCUUCAAAAGCUGUGCCUUAAAAGAAAUACUAUGUUCUGUUUGCUGCGGAACAAUUUGAUGGAAGUAUUCUGUAUAAUGUAACCUCAGGUACAUCUAGUACUCUGACCAUAUUUGUAACUUGUUAGAAUAAAACUUGUGAAAAUGUUGAUAUAAUCAAUACAGAAUCAAUAGAAGAAAAUGUUUUAAUUCCAGAUCAUCCAGUUUACUAGGUAAUCUGUCAAAGGGUAACCAAAUACUGUAUGCAAAAGAGGUAAUCAAAUCUUCCUACAGUCUAUGGGUUAAUUUUUCUAGAGGCUAGAGUUCUUUCAUUCGUAGAGGUAUGAACAGUCUAACCCAUUUAAAUUAAAAAAUGCUGAAGAGUGAUAAAGGAAUCACUGCAUUCAAGUGUCUGUUUAAACUAGAAGGAACAACUGUCACAGGCUAAAGCAGGAGAUUGGUGGCCAGCCCUGGUGGACCUGGCAUACACUUGUUACAUACUCAACUUCAGUAUGUGUAACCAUAAGAACUAGAAAUUAAAAUUACAAAUUUGUAAUCUAAUGAAUGUUUUUACAGCCUAAGCAAAAUAUAACAAUUUGGCAUUGGUGCAGUUACAACCAUACUGAUAGCUAUAAA